AUCAUCUCCAAUGGAACACUAUUAUUUUCUCUAUUUUUUACACUAAAAUAGAGUAACUAUUAUAGACUUAAAUUUGCUCUAAUAGUUCACUCAAUAAUAGAGUUACACUAUAAUGGAGUAAAAAAACAACAUUCUUUUAUAUUUUACUCUAUUAUUGAAUGAAUCAUUGGAGCAAAUUUAACUCUAUAAUAGUUACUCUAUUUUAGUGUAAAAUAUAAAAGAAAAAAUAGUGUCCCAUUGGAGAUGCUCUUAUCGAUCAAUAUAGACAUUUAAAAUGUCUUUUUUUUGGGUGCACCCAUCAAAAAUGUUAUUUGUUGUAUUAUCUUACCCCUAAAUUUGAUAUGUGCUACUUUCUAUUAUAAGUAUUUUCAAUAAAAAUAUCACUAAUGUUACAGUUGUUAUAAGAAAUAAAAAAUUACAGUUUUUUUUGGGUGAAGAUUACUGUAUGGGCGCUAUCUUAGUUAGCUAGCAAUGAUUUUCAUUUUAACGUAUGACACUAAAACAAUUAUGCGUUCAUUAGCUUCAAAAAUCAAAAGUAAGUUAAUUUAUCAGCGAAGACAACUAAUAUUCCAUGGCUUAUGAUUGGGAAACACGAUUUUUCGCAUCUGGACAAAAAUAGUUCAUCAGUCAAAUCUUAAAUGCAAUCUGUUUGAGAGUGGAACUAGUUUGCUUAAUAACUUAUGUUUUAACAGAACUUAUAAAAGGUAAAUAAAAAGCGAUUAAUGCAUACUGUCCGCCGUUAAAACUAAUCACUUUAUAAAGUAUGUUAUUUGCAGAUAACAUAAUAUUCAGUACAUCCAAUUAUUAGAACACUAUACUUUGGUGUAAGAACACCCACGUGUAGGGGAUCGUUCAGUAUAACCAGUCACAUCGGCAAACAAGCAAAAGAGAUCAACGGUGCUUGAUCCUUCAAAACCCUAGAUGGAUAAAACAAGCCGAGGAUUACGGGUGUCUUAAGUGGACCCCAGAGACACCUCUUGUUCUUUUAAACUCUCUCUCUAUCUCUCAUUUUGAGUCAAACAAGUCAACAAAGCAAAAAACUCUCUCUUCUAUGCUCUCUCUCUAGAUAUAUCUAGAACAAUGGCGUCGACGACUUGUGGAAAGGAGGUGCAUUACAGAGGAGUAAGGAAGAGACCAUGGGGUCGUUACGCGGCGGAGAUUAGAGAUCCUUGGAAGAAAACUAGGGUUUGGUUAGGCACUUUCGACACUCCCGAAGAAGCUGCUCUCGCUUACGACGGCGCCGCCCGUUUCCUCCGUGGUAUCAAAGCUAAAACUAACUUCCCUUCUCCUCUCUCUCUUGACCUCAACCACAUCCCUUCUCCCUCCGCCGCCGCCGCCGCCCCGGAUAACCACCACAACCAUCAACUCUGGUUCUCCGCUCCUCCUCCUCCUCCUCCUCCUCUUCACAUCCCCGGAAAUUACCGCCACCACGGUCUCUAUCUCCGAACCGGAGUGCUUAACGGGAGAACCCCCUCUACAGAAGCGCCGCUUUACUUCGCCGCCUCGCCUGCCGCAGCUACGUCGUCGCCUCGAGUGCUUGAGUUAUUGAGUUCUUCUCCUUCCUCCCCUACGGCGAGACGUGGCUUAGCCAUCGAUCUCAACGAGCCGCCGCCACUUUGGCUGUAAAACAGACGAUGGAGACGGAGAUUAAUGGCGCCGUUUGCAACACUUUCGACCGAACUAUUAGGGUUUAUUUUUUUUGUAACUUUAGUUUCUUUUAGCAAAUAUCUUUUUUUUAGAGUCGUAUGAGUAGUUUUCUUUUCAAUUUGUACUUUUUGGUUUAUGUUAGAACGGAGAUUGAUUGUUGAGGAAACAAAAAAAAAAACUUCUUAAUUGGCAAAAUGAAUUAACGCUUACUACUAAGUAUUCUUAUUGUUA